AUAACGCGAACACAAACACAAACACAAACACAUAUAUAAGCAAACUUUGUUCUCAUAAUAUAUUAAAUUCAUUCUUUUUUAUUUUUCCAUCUUUCUUAAUUUUUUCAAAUCUUCUUCAAACAAUUCAGUUCUUGUGAGUUUCAUAGUUGCGCACGUAUCACCGUUUCUCUCUUCCCUUUUUUUUUCUCUCACACCAAAACUCUCUUUCUCUCUCUUUCUUUUCACUGUUUGUUUGAUUUUAAUCUUAAUUUCUGGUUCAAUCUUAUUAACGUAAACAAACAACGUAAGAGAGAGACACAACAACAACAACAACGACACAAACACAAACCUUAAUCUAACUUGUUUUGUUUUUCUCUCCGAUCAAACCCUUCUUGAAGAUCUACUCAAGUUGUUUUUUCCCAGCAUAAUUUUCCUGGGAAAAUCUGGGGAAUUCAUAAAGGAUGAAGAGGGCAAGAGAUGAUAUUUACUCUUCUUCUCAAUUCAAACGUCCUUUUGGUUCUUCACGUGGUGAUUCCUAUGGCCAAGGCCCCGGAAAUGGAGGUGGUGGCGGAGGAGGUGGACUUGUUAUCGGUGGAGGAGGUGGGGGAGCAACCACUUCCCAAAAACUGACUACGAAUGAUGCUUUAUCAUAUUUGAAGGAAGUGAAAGAUAUGUUCCAAGAUCAAAAAGAAAAAUAUGACAUGUUCCUCGAGGUCAUGAAAGAUUUCAAGGCUCAAAAGACUGACACUCAUGGUGUCAUAGAAAGGGUCAAGGAACUAUUCAAAGGUCACAACCAUUUGAUUUUUGGAUUUAACACUUUCCUGCCAAAAGGAUAUGAGAUAACACUUGAUGAGGAAGAGGCUCCUCCUCCAAAAAAAACGGUUGAAUUUGAAGAAGCUAUUAGUUUUGUGAACAAGAUAAAGAAACGCUUCCAAAAUGACGAGCAUGUUUACAAAUCAUUCUUGGACAUUUUGAAUAUGUAUCGUAAAGAGCACAAGGAGAUUGGUGAAGUUUACAGUGAGGUUGCUACCCUUUUUAAGGAGCAUAGAGAUUUGCUCGAGGAGUUUACUAGAUUCUUACCAGAUAAUUCGGCAGCACCUUCCACACAGCAUGCUCCAUUUGGUCGAAAUUCAUUGCAGCGCUUCAAUGAGCGGAGUUCUAUGGCACCAAUGAUGCGGCAAAUGCAAGCAGAAAAGCAACGUUAUCGGCGAGAUCGAUUUCCUUCCCAUGAUCGUGAUCUGAGUGUUGAACGUCCUGAUCUGGAUGACGACAAGACAAUGAUGAACAUGCACAAGGAGCAAAGGAAACGUGAGAGCAGGGAUAGAAGGAUUCGAGAUCAUGAUGAUAGAGAACAUGAUCUUGAUAACUCGCAACGCUUUCCUGACAAAAAGAAAUCUGUUAAGAAGGCUGAAGCUUAUGGACUGUCUUCUGACUUUGCUUCUCAUGAUGAUAAAGAUGCAUUAAAGAUCAUGUAUAGUCAAGCAUUCAGUUUCUGUGAGAAAGUUAAGGAGAAGUUGAGCAGCGCUGAGGAAUACCAAACAUUCUUGAAGUGCCUUCAUAUUUUUAGCAACGGAAUAAUUAGAAGGAAUGAUUUAGAAAAUUUGGUGAGCGAUAUACUUGGAAAGUAUCCUGAUCUCAUGAGUGAAUUCAAUGAUUUCUUAGAGCGUUGUGAAAAUAUUGAUGGGUUUCUUGCUGGUGUCAUGAGUAAAACUACUGACGGUCAUUCAUCAAGAUCAACAAAGUUGGAGGACAAAGAACACAAGCGUGACAUGGACGGAGCUAAAGAGAAGGAGAGAUACAAGGAGAAAUACAUGGGAAAAUCCAUCCAAGAACUUGACCUUAGUGACUGCAAACGUUGUACUCCCAGCUACCGGCUUCUACCUGCUGAUUAUCCAAUUCCUACGGCUAGUCAGCGAUCUGACCUUGGUGCGCAAGUAUUGAAUGAUCAUUGGGUAUCUGUGACUUCAGGAAGUGAGGAUUACUCUUUCAAACAUAUGCGCCGAAAUCAAUAUGAAGAAAGCUUGUUCAGAUGUGAAGAUGACAGGUUUGAGUUGGACAUGUUAUUAGAAUCUGUGAGUUCCGCUGCUAAACGGGCUGAAGAGUUGUAUAACAGCAUUAUUGAAAAUAAGAUCAGUGUGGAGAGUCUGAGUCGUAUUGAAGAUCACUUCACUGUUCUAAAUCUAAGAUGCAUUGAACGCCUAUAUGGUGACCAUGGUCUUGAUGUCCUAGACAUACUGCGUAAGAACCCAACUCAUGCUCUGCCUGUAAUAUUGACUCGAUUGAAGCAGAAACAAGAGGAGUGGACUAGGUGCCGUUCAGAUUUCAAUAAAGUUUGGGCUGACAUUUAUUCCAAAAAUCACUACAAAUCACUUGAUCAUCGUAGCUUCUAUUUCAAGCAACAAGAUUCAAAGAACUUGAGCACAAAAUCUUUGGUGACUGAGAUUAAAGAAAUUAAAGAGAAGCAGCAAAAAGAGGAUGACAUCGUUCAGUCUAUUUCUGCUGGAGCUAAACAUCCCCUCAUUCCACAUCUGGAAUUUGACUUUUCGGAUGCUGAAAUUCACGAGGACCUGUAUAAACUUGUUCGUUAUUCAUGCGAGGAGGUAUUCUCAAGUAAAGAGUUAUUCAAUAAAAUUAUGAGGCUCUGGAGUACCUUCUUGGAACCAAUGCUUGGUGUUACUUCCCAAUCGCACGGGACAGAAAGGAUAGAGGACAGGAAAGUAGGACAAAACGCUCGGAGUUCUGUUGCACCUAAUGUAGAAGGUGAUGGAAGCCCUCACAGAGACUCCAUUUCAAGGUUAGCAAAAUCUGACAAGAAUGAAGUUGAUGGUAGAGUGACUGAAGUGAAAAAUGGUCACCAGACUAGUGUAGCGGCCAAUGGUAAAGAAAAUGGUUCUGUUGGUAGAGAUGAUAUUUUAAUUGAUAAUAAAGGGCAGAAAAGUGUUGAAUGCAGUGAUAAAGGCCCUGGAUUUGGUAAACAGUUUUCAUCUGAUGAUCAAGCAGGUAGAAACUCUGCAUCUGUCACAAUUAGAGGCGAGAGCAGUGUGAACAGAACCAACUUAGAUACGUCUCCAGGACGCGUACUUACUCCAUCCCGACCUACUGAUGCUGAUGUCUCUGUAACCAUAGCCAAGUCUCCAAGUUCUAAUGUACCUUUGGUGGAGGGAUGUGACAUUGCCGCUCCAGUACCACCAGUUGCCAAUGGCAUGUUAGUUGAGAGCAGUAAAGUUAAAAGCCAUGAAGAAUCUUCUGUGCCUUGCAAAGUUGAAAAAGAAGAGGGUGAGUUAUCCCCAAAUGCCGACUCUGACGAGGAUAACUUUGUUGCUUAUGAAGAUUCAAACGUGCAGUCAAAGCACAAUGUUGAUAGCAGCAAAUAUGAGUCUAAAAAUGGAGAGGCUGGAGGUGAAAAUGAUGCAGAUGCUGAUGAUGAAGACAGCGAAAAUGUUUCUGAAGCUGGUGAAGAUGUGUCAGGAAGUGAGUCUGCUGAUGAUGAAGGCUUUCGGGGAGAUCAUGAGGAGGAAGAUAUAGAACAUGAUGAUGUUGAUGGUAAGGCUGAGAGCGAAGGUGAAGCUGAGGGGACGUCUGACACACAAACCAGAGGAGAUGGUUCACCAUUAACAUUAUCAGAGAGGUUCCUUUCGACUGUGAAACCUCUCACAAAGCAUGUAUCAGCAGUUUCAUUCGUUGAAGACAUGAAGGAUUCAAGGGUGUUUUACGGAAAUGAUGAUUUCUAUGCACUUUUUAGGCUUCAUCAAAUUCUUUACGAAAGGAUCUUAUCUGCAAAAGAAAAUUCAACGAGCGCCGAAAUGAAAUGGAAAGCAAAAGAUGCUAGUUCCACAGAUCCAUAUACAAGGUUUAUGGAUGCAUUAUAUAAUUUGCUCGAUGGAUCCGCUGAAAAUGCUAAGUUUGAAGAUGAAUGUCGAGCAAUUCUUGGGAACCAAUCUUAUGUGUUAUUCACAUUGGACAAGUUAAUAUAUAAAUUAAUCAGACAGCUUCAAACCGUUGCAACUGAUGAGGAAGACAAUAAGCUUCUUCAGUUAUACGAGUACGAAAAGUCUCGGAAACCUGGGAAAUUAAAUGAUUCAGUAUAUCAUUCAAAUGCACAUGUCGUCCUUAAUGAGGAGAACGUAUAUCGUUUUCAAUCUUCAUCUAGCCCUUCUCGGCUCUCCAUUCAGCUCAUGGACAAUAUGAAUGAAAAACCCGAGUUUUCUGCUGUUUCUGUUGAUCCAAAUUUUUCUUUUUAUCUGCACAAUGAUUUUCUUUCUGUCCUUCCUGCCAAAAAGGAACCUCAUGGCAUUUUACUAGAAAGAAACAAACCGAAAUACGGGGACUUAGAUGAGCUUUCUGCAAUUUGUGCUGUAAUGGAAGAUGUCAAAAUAAUUAAUGGAUUGGAAUGCAAGAUAUCUUGUAACUCAUCCAAGAUUUCUUAUGUUCUUGACACACAAGAUUUUUUCUUCCGUCCAAGAAGAAAAAGACGAAUAUCUUCAUCAUCAUCAAGUACAUCAUCUUCUCGGUCUCGCAAGGAAAGAGAAGAAAGAUACCGCAAAUUGAUGGCGUCCUCCACCUAAACUGUAUAUUUAUGGUGAAGAAUUCACAUACAUACUUUUAUGUUCAUAUAAGAUAAGAAUCUUGAUGUUGCAACAACUUAGGAACAACAUUUUUAUUUUUAGUCAUAAUGUUACUUGAAUUUUCACAUGAAAAAGUGAAGGAGAGGAAUGUAUUCAUAGGAAUGUGUAAUCUAUAUACAUGUAUCCAUGAGUGUGUUGUCACUCCUUUGUAAAUAGUUUGCUUCGUUAUUUAUUUGUAGAAAUAUUGUACCAAAAAUUGAUAUUUUUCUUCAAUAGUUGUGACAAUGUUUUGAUGUUGCUUCAACCCUUCAAA